GUUAUUAUAGAUCAAGUAGUAAUAAAGUAAUGUUAUUUACUAUCCCAAUUACAAGUACAAGUUUAUAAUAAACAGCUUUACAAACUAACUUCAUCUAUAAAAGCGGUUAACCAUGAAUUCUUGCACUUUAUAAUUCAUUCAGAAACACGUCAUACUUAUCUACCAAUUAACAUUUGCAUCUAAUCGCUAGCUCUUUAUAUGUUCUAUUUCCCUAUUACGGAGAAAUAAAGCUCAAUAUCGUAGGCGAAUGUAAUUCACUGACCGCAAAUGGUCUUGUCGUUUAAUUGGUAGUAUUUUGUUUGUGAUUCACCAGCCAGUUACGUUUAGACCAGCGACAGUGUCACAUCACUAUUAUUGUUCUUUUUAAAAUUUAUGUUUUUUUUUUCUUUUUAAAUCCAAAUGUGGCGUGCAUUUUGAGACAUACAGCCUGUGAUUGUAACUGUGACAAGUGUUGUGUUAAGUUUCAUCGAUUUGAAUGAAAGUGUUGUUUAAUAGUGAAGUGUUUCGAAGUUUUAAAAUGAUGUUAACGGUAGCACGACAGAUCUUACACCAACACUAAUAGGCAUAUACGACUCCUUGCUAGAGCCCAAAAGCCUAAGACCAGAAGCUAGCGCUCUAGAGAAGGCUAAAGAUGCAAGAAAUGACCCACCAGUAGACCUCAUGAUCGAAGAAACGCCUAAAGAUCCCUCCAAGAUGGUAGGCAGUGUCAAACUACCCAUAGCAGCAGUUAAUAAAAGUUCCCUAUACAAACGGUGCAAUGGUGAAAGUGAUACCAGUGAAAAAGUGCAAAGGACGUUUAAAGACAAAGUUUCAGAGACAGCUUCAUUUGAUAAUUUAUCGCCGAAUGUAAAAAGGAUGAUUUCAAGUGCAACAGAGACUACAACGUUAAAGUUUCAAAGGAAAGGGAAUAACGCUAGAACUUCUACUAGACAACGAUCGAAUAUACCUCUGUUUGGAGCGACAUCGAAGCUAACUCAAUCUGGUGUUGAUAUCUUAGAUUCUGUAGAAAUUUACGAUCAACCCUGUGGUAUUAAGAGCUUUGGUAAAAAAGUUGAAGAAGAAUCUCCAUCGAAAUUACCUCUAAAGCCUGAUUUUAGAAUAGACGAACAAACAACAUACGAUGUCCCAACGAAUAAUAGACCAGCAAUUUACGAUGUGCCUGUAGCAAAUAAGACAGCAUUCGAAUCUCUAUCAUUACCAUACAUCGACCAAUCUAUUGAGCUCUCUAUAUCUUCAAAUGAUAGAGAAUUCGAUAUAAAACUGUCAUCAAAAGACAAUUCUCCUCAAAAACCAGUAAAGACCGAAGUGCCUUCAGAUACAUUCCCCAAUGGAACCAAUAGUUUAAAUAGAAAAGACUUUGUUAGUAAGAUUGAGAGUCCGUCAAAACUAGCCAAAAGUGGUCCUUAUCCCGAAGUAGUAGGAUCGACGGGUAAUUUGAAAACGAUACCAACGAAAGAGACAUUGCAUCCACCGCCCAUAGAAGUGACUAGACCGCUUUCUAUGAGUUCCAUUGCUUCUUCUAGCUCGACCUCAAGUAGUGGUGUCCAGAAUAAAGGAGGAGUAAACUCUGCGUAUUUGGCGUCUAUCGAAAGUUUGGAUGACCAUAGUGAUGCUGAUAUUGCUUCGGCGAAUGGUAGCAAUAAUUUUGUGAAUAGUGCGGGCAUUUUGAACAAAGGCGCGACAGAAGAGAGGCACACAGAGACGAUACCACGGCAAUCCUGGAACGAGGUGUCAGGGCUAUCGCAGUUGGAGCGCGUAUGCGCGGAAAUCGUGCAGACGGAAAACGUCUACGUUGAGGACCUGCGACAAGUCGUUGAGGGCUAUCUGCAUGAGUGGCGUCGUUUCACCACGUUUUCUGAAGAUGAGCUGACGGAGCUUUUCAACAAUAUAGAGGACAUCUACAAUUUUAACAGAUCCCUCUGCGAAGAGCUAAACACCUGCCGCCUCGACGCCACCUGCAUCGCCCGCUGCUUCGUGAACAACACCUCCGGCUUCUCCGUGUACACGUCGUACUGCACCGGCUACCCGCGCACCAUGGCGCGGCUGGCGGCGCUGGCCGGCGGGAGCCUCAGCGCCAGGGAGUUCAGGGAGAGGCAGUUGGCUCUCGGGCAUCCGCUGCCGUUAGCGAGUUACUUGUUGAAACCGGUGCAAAGGAUAUUGAAAUACCAUCUAUUGCUACAGAACGUGGUGAAGCAAUGUGCGACAAGAGAGACGGAGUUUGCUUUAAUGCAGAUGACGGGCAUCGCGCAACACAUUGACGACAUGAAGAGGAGGCACGAACACGCUGUCAGAGUACAGGAGAUCCAAUCGCUCCUAUACGGCUGGACUGGACCGGAUCUGACCACGUACGGGGAGCUGUGUGCCGAAGGGACAUUCAGAGUAUUCGGCGCGAAGGCGAUGCGGCACGCCUUCCUCUUCGACAAAAUGCUGCUGGUGACGAAGAACCGUGAGGACGGGAUCCUUGCAUACAAGUCGCAUAUCAUGUGCAACAACAUGAUGCUGGUGGAGUCGAUCGCGGGCGCGCCGCUCUCCUUCCACGUCAUCCCGUGGGACGCGCCGCGCGCGCAGCUCACGCUGCAGGCCCGCUCGCCGCGCCACAAGCGGGAGUGGACCCUACUGCUCAAGCGGGUAAGUUCACAUUCGCUCGACAAGCUUACGUUCCACGUCAUCCCGUGGGACGCGCCGCGCGCGCAGCUCACGCUGCAGGCCCGCUCGCCGCGCCACAAGCGGGAGUGGACCCUACUGCUCAAGCGGGUAAGUUCACAUUCGCUCGACAAGCUUACGUUCCACGUCAUCCCGUGGGACGCGCCGCGCGCGCAGCUCACGCUGCAGGCCCGCUCGCCGCGCCACAAGCGGGAGUGGACCCUACUGCUCAAGCGGGUAAGUUCACAUUCGCUCGACAAGCUUACGUUCCACGUCAUCCCGUGGGACGCGCCGCGCGCGCAGCUCACGCUGCAGGCCCGCUCGCCGCGCCACAAGCGGGAGUGGACCCUACUGCUCAAGCGGGUAAGUUCACAUUCGCUCGACAAGCUUACGUUCCACGUCAUCCCGUGGGACGCGCCGCGCGCGCAGCUCACGCUGCAGGCCCGCUCGCCGCGCCACAAGCGGGAGUGGACCCUACUGCUCAAGCGGGUAAGUUCACAUUCGCUCGACAAGCUUACGUUCCACGUCAUCCCGUGGGACGCGCCGCGCGCGCAGCUCACGCUGCAGGCCCGCUCGCCGCGCCACAAGCGGGAGUGGACCCUACUGCUCAAGCGGGUAAGUUCACAUUCGCUCGACAAGCUUAGGUUCCACGUCAUCCCGUGGGACGCGCCGCGCGCGCAGCUCACGCUGCAGGCCCGCUCGCCGCGCCACAAGCGGGAGUGGACCCUACUGCUCAAGCGGGUAAGUUCACAUUCGCUCGACAAGCUUACGUUCCACGUCAUCCCGUGGGACGCGCCGCGCGCGCAGCUCACGCUGCAGGCCCGCUCGCCGCGCCACAAGCGGGAGUGGACCCUACUGCUCAAGCGGGUUAUUUUAGAGAACUACAACGCAGUGAUCCCGUCCCACGCGAGACAACUUGUGAUGGAGCUCGGACAAAACAAAACUGAUGAUGACAUACUGGCAGAGAAAUCUCACAACCUAAUAACGCAAGCGUCAAUGAGGAAACAACUCUCAGCACCCGAAUACCUCGAGAAACGGAAGCUAGAGCGAGAGAGAAGAAAAUCCUUCGAGAACGGGGCGAGAGGCAGAAUGAAGAAGAACAUGAAAUACAGCGUACCCAACAACAGAACAAGUAAUCAAGACUGCGACUGUGCACAGGUAUCUUUAGAGAAAGGGACAGACUAUACAUGCGAUACUUGUUAUAUAGAUCUCUGCUCGGAUUGUGAAGCAGAAAUAUCCAAAAAAGACAAAGAUUGUAGCUGUAGCCAUGAUGACGGUAAAGAAAAAUGCCCUGAAUGCGACAGAGCAUUACAAUUCAUUGAUUCAGGUAGCGCUGAACAUUUAGAGAGAAAGCAAUCUGUUUGCAAAUGCUCUGAUUUCAAAUCAUCUCAAGAAAGCUUUGCUAAAGAAUACAACGGUUCUUUGAAUAAAAUCAGAGGAUAUCAUUCUUCUGAUAAUAUCGUAGGUUACACUGACGCUAAAAGUAAAGAUGAUCUUAGCGACACUAAUAAUUCUUUAGUAAAUGUUCGGAAUAUACCUAAAUCAUGUCUAAAAUGCGCGAAGAUAAAAGAAAAUAUAGUGACUGAUUCAACUAGUACUAUACAUUCGAGGAAAUCUAGGUGUAAUGACAAUGACAAACACAAGACAGAUACGUUAAGGUCCAAGUCUAAAGAAGAUCCUCAACGAUCUAAAUUGUCUAAAAUAGGAACGUGGAGACGUAAGUCUGAACCUGGUUUGCAACAAAAUACAGCUAUCAUGAUUAAGAAAAACAUGGAUAGUGAUACUGACAGAAACGAAGGGAAAGGUACAGAAAAGAUAGAAUUUGAAUGUCGUAACUGUGGUUCGAAUAAAAUCACCAGAAAAGCAAAGAAUACUGAAGGUGUUAUCAUAUCAGACCCUGAAGUUGAUGCUAGAAAGAGCAGUAAUACUAGUUUGAAACCAACGAUUGAAAUAAAAAUGUACAACACAAAGAAAGUACCAAAGAAAAUAUCAAAACUAAAGAAAAACAGAGCAAAUGGAUUACGACUCGGGACUGACACCACGGCGAAGUUCUAUGCUGAUUUCUCAACGGACGUAUCCACUGAAAAUAUUCUGCACAUUUCUGAAUCUACCGACAGUCUGAAUGUUGACAAAUCCAAGGACAGCACACCUAGCUCAGUUGUACCAGAAACUAUUAGCAAAGACGAAGACAUUGACGAAGAAACGUAUAAAAAGUUAAUAGAAAAGACAGAUUCUUUUAAAAAGAAUGAACUAGAGAAAGUCAAGUAUUUAAACAAGCAGAAAGUAAUAAAUGAAGGGUCUGAAACGGAAGAAAAGAUUGAAACAAGAGAAGACGCCCCGAGUGGUGAAGAUGUAGAACAACCUUUGGAGCAAAUAAUAUCGCAACUGUUGAUGCAAAAUCGAGAGUUCCAGAAGUUAUUAAAGAAACAACAGCUAAGGAAUAGCGCUCAACGAAGACACCAGAGACUACUAAAGUCCCAUUCAAAUCCUGAACACCCAGUAAAUAAACCUAAAUAUUGCCGGCAAGCUUCUGAAACUUUACUAGUAAGUAAAGAUGAACCUGACGUACAAGUAUUAAGUCCCCCAAAUGAAAUAAAUGAUGCAUCCGAUGAUGAUCACAUUUAUGAGACUUUAAGGGUAGAAAACAGAGUUGAAGAUGGUUUGCAUUCAUUGAAUUCUAAGAGUAAAUCUAUUCAGCAUACGUCUCAUGUUCCCAGACCAAAAAGAAUACCUUCACCACCAAAUGCUGCCCCCACUAAAGUUGUUAAGAAUGUAGAUUCUGAUUACGUAUACCUUUCUUUUGAUAAACUGAACAAACUUCAAGACAGUGAAGGCAUAUAUGAUGUACCUGUCAAAUCUCCUGAAAAGGUCAACCCUCAAACUGAAGAAUGUUAUGAGACAAUGGAACAUCGUGGUUCUGCUAUCGACAAUAAUACUGAAAAUCUUUAUGAUAGCCUAAUGGAAAUCUGUAGAAGAAAGAAAGAUACACCAAACACACUACCCGGGGAUUACUUGCCUAUGAGUCCCGAGCAGCAAAGUCCUAAUACACCAGAAAUUUGGCUUAGUAGACAAAAAGAACAUUUCAAUGUAUCAAGAGAUAGAAAAUCUGGUUCUUUACCAAGAAGUUUUCAAGUAAUAACAAAUAACCAAGAAGAAAAUACGUUAAGCUCAUUCAAAUGUAAACCCAACAGUAACAGCAAGACAUAUUUGAAUAGAGAUGGAAAAGUUAUGAGUACAGAUAGACCAUUCACAAUCGCAUCAGAUAAAAGUGAAAUUAGUUAUGACGAUGUUGAAAAUUAUAUGAGUGAAGGAGACAUACUUAAAUUCAACAAAACUACUAACUCCAACGACAGUGAUUACGUGCAAAAUAUCAGUCAAUCUACAUUAGAAUUAGAACAAGAAAUCGACAAGUGUUACAAAAAUAAUUUUGAAAAGGAUCUCGAUGCUAAUAAAAAUCAAAAUUUGCUUACCGUUUCUCAACCAAACUUGAAUACAUCUACUACAUCAUCAUGUGAAGUAUUACCGUUAGAAAGCAAUGAUGACAAGAAAGAAAUUGAUAUCAUUCACCCGGAACAUAAGAUUUACAAACCAACCAGCAACAUGUUGUCUCUUAAAAAUGUUUUAAGUCGUUUUAAGAAUAGGUCGCCUCCGAAAAAUACUGAAGAAGAAAUUAAUGCUAAUGAUCAAAGUAGUCCAGAAAUAAAAACGGACGCAAAGAGUCCUACGAGUGAAAAACGACCGGGCUUAAAUCCAAGAAGUUAUUCCAAAAACCUUUUACAAAGGUUUAGAAGUAUUAUAGGUGAUGAACAUUCAGAUGACAAUCAAAAUAGGACUGAAACUAAAAAAAAUACUGAUGAUAUAAAUAAUUCAGUGAAGACAGAUAUAAAAGUAGUUAUCACUUCAACAGAUGUCAGUCCCACGACAUCUACCGUAGUGUAUUCCUUCAACAAUGAUCCUAUGAGUAAAAGUGUCUAUGAGCAAACUACUUUGACAGAGAGUCAAAACGAAAAGAACAAUUUAGAAACUUUGUCACACAGUUGUGACAGUAUUCCUCAGAAACCUGAAGUAAUCAGACCAAAUUACGAAAAGAGCGUAAGCAUGGUGACUAACAUAUCAAAUGCUUCUUCUCCGUCCAAAUCUACUAGUAAUUCCUAUCAAAGCUUAAAUAAACUACCAAUUUAUAUGCAAGGAAGUAAACAUUUAGGGGCCAGGAUAGCACAACGCGAAUAUGCAGAUCCAGUCACGUUAGUAAAAGAAAAAUCUGCCUUAAAGAAUGUUAAUGUACUUAUUAAUAAAAACGCCGUUAGACCUGAUAGUUUAUUUUCAAAUUCGUCUUUUGUUACUACGUCUAGUGAAAGCGCAGAUCACGAAGUAAAGCAAGAAGCUAAAAAGGAUAACAGUAACGAUAAAUCAACAAAUUCAGAUGAGAGUUUCUACGAAAAGUCAUUUGAGAAAAUAGAACACGUGGUUGACGAAGAUGUGUAUAGAGAUUCAGCUGUGUAUUCCGACCAAGAAGAAGUUGAAGAAUCUAAAACUGAAUCGUCUGAUGCAAAAUCGGUUAGCAAAACUGUUUCGAGAAUAGAAAGUAUCAAACACAGUUCCUCAUUUAGAGCACAAAGGGUAACUGUGACAUCUAGUGUUUGUAAUACUAAAGCCACAGUAGCAAAGAAAAUCCCUGAUAGUAACGCUAAAACUAAAAUUGAACAGAAAGGUUUCGAUAAAGAUAAGCCAAAAGCACCUCCUGUUCCAGUCAAACCAAAAAUUACUAACAUCCCUACACCCAUGAUGGUUAAAAAUGUCGUAACAAAUAAAAAUAACCUAGCAAAGAAUCAAGAUCAGUCAUCAUCAUCAGAGUCAGUUAAUAUAAAAACUAUUCGAAGAAACACUAGUUAUAUUCACAAAAUAAAAAAUGAAAACAUAGAACCAACCGAAGGCAAAGUCGAAAAAAAAGUAAACGAAGAGGGUAAAGAAGAAACAGAUGGCUCUGGAAUACCUAAGCCAACAGGUAAUAUACAAAUCAAGAGGUUAAGUUUUGAAAGAGCAAGUCUCGACUCGGCAACAAGAAAAAUAAGGACGAACGAAACAAAACGAACGUCAGUAGAGCCACAGAAAACGUCAAAGAGCGUCCUUGAGAGGAGAAUGGAGAUAGAAAUGAUGUCGAAAAGUUUGACGAAGCAAAGUCAGAUAGCGAAGAAACCAGCAGCAAAACCUAAACCGAUUUCUACUAAAGUUGCGAGUUUCGAACGAAGCGUAAGCGAAGUUAGAGGCUCAACUAAAGGUACUAGCUUUGAAAGAAGUGUGAGUGAGGCUAAGAACGAAGUAUUAGUUGAGGCUACUGUUUCGAAUGAAGAAAAUCGGGAAGAGAGUAAAACAGAAGUUAGCGAUGAUGCGAAAAGUAGUUGGGUGAAGCAGGUUGUCAACAAAUUCCAAUGAGUUUUAUUGCUGAGCACCACAAAUGUAUUCGAUCAUGAAAAACACAAAAAUUUUCAUAUAUAAGUAAUAUCAAAACGAUUUAAUUUCAUGCAUUAUGUAUUUGAACUGUAAACGCGUUUGAAAGUAUGCCAGUAUUUUUACAACGUAACAAAAAAAGUUUGUUAUUAAAAUGUCAUGAAUGUUAAAAUUCUAUAAAAAAAAUUGUGUUAUAAAAGUUAACAGUUAGCAAUUGUUACACGCAAAUUUUCCAAAAACAACUGGUCAUAUUUUUUCGUCAAAUAAGUUGAUAUUUUAGUAUUUGCUCUCCGUAUAAACGUAAUGUAUGGCAUUUAAAGUCCGUCUGGUUAUGUACGCCACUUUUUAAAUUCAUUAUACACGUAGGCGUAGAUAUAAGCGUAAUUGUUGAUUGUAAAUAUUUUAACUAUCAAACCUCCCCGAGCUUUGAUAUCUUGUGCCAUAGACAAGAGAAGAUAAUUUAGUAUAUAUUUUAUCUGUAUUAUAAUUAUAUUCUAUGCACAAAAUAAUGGACACGCACAAAGAGGCAGCGCCGAAAUUUAUGACGAAAAAUUAUCAUUUGACUUUUUAUCAGCAUGUAUCUUUGUGCAAUCCUUUAUAUCUUAUGCUCACUAUGUAAAUAAAUUUGUUAAAAUGCUUAUUUUGCUAUGUAUUUAUUCAAAAGUGCCAUUGCAAAUGAUAUCUCAUUAGGUAUAAUAUACACAAAAAUAAUAUUUCCGUGCAAUUUGAUUAACGAUUUACUUAAAAGUAUUUAUUAUUUCAUAGGUUUAGUUUUUGUUGUAGUUACUAACACCAAAAAGUAGAUUUUGUUUAUAGUAUUAUUUUUACUAAUUUUAUACGAUACGUUGCUGUUUAUUUUUUAACAUUUGACAUUAGUUUGUUAAUUUCAUUUUCGUGUAUUAGUACAUUGUCAUUAUCAUUUUGUUUUAGUAAAAGUAUUGUAAGACAUUUUCUGAAUGUUAUACUUAAUUUGUCGAGACUGCUAGGAAGAUAAGACUAUAAUUUUAUCAAUUAACAAGUUUUAACCGUAAUUAAAUUAAAAUAAUCAGAAAUAUAUGAACUUUUCAAUUGAUACAACGCAUCGCAUAAGCCAGGAGCCUUCAGUAAGAAAUGCAUAUAUGUACUUGGGAAAAAAUCGACCUAUGCCGCCAUGACACCGUUGGCUGAUUGGCUCAGGCACCUGCCGCGAUAGUAGAGGAUUCAUAUAUAUAUAUUUCUGGUAACACAUAGUUAAUUUCAACUAACACGUUUUAAUUAAUUGCAUACAUUUUAAAGUAAACUAGCACGAAUAUUUUUAUAAAAUGUCAAGUUAUAUCCCAACGAGUUAGACCAGGAGCCAGUAAUUCAAAUAAUAACUUGUUUGUAACAUUUUAUAUUGACGUUAGCCUUGCUGGCAAGGAAAAAAACGACUUGAAGUUACUGGCUUUAAUGAAAAGGAACAGGUAUAUUAUGUAUUACAAACGUCAAUCAUGAAAUUGUAUCCCGAGGUGUACUCUGAAUUUAAAUGUAAAUCUUAUCGUUCUUUCCCUUUUUCUCCCUUUCCCAAAAUACGCAAUGAAAGGGAUAAAAUGAUAAAAUUGAUGUUUGGGGCAGUUUCGUAUUUUUAUGAAACUGGAUAAUACAUUGGUACCUAUACUACUUAUAUGUAAGGUAGCAACGAUUAGAUAAGUAUUACUAAUGAACUUUACAAUGUCAAGGUAGCCUUUGAUAACAAUAAAACAUUUUUUUUCUUAAA